AAAAAAUCCCUCGACGGCACAAAUCUCCGGUUAUAGCGCGCAGUAGUAUAAGCUGAGAGUGCGAAAUGCUUAUGGUGGGAAAUAUGCCUUCUCCAAGCUACCAUCACUGCUACUUCUCCACUCCUCUCUGUCGCCCACUCCAUCCCCCUCCACCACCACCAACGCCACCGCUACGACCGCCGUCAAAACUCCUUUGGGCUUCACCGCCGAUUCUCUCCCAUCGCCGCUCCCCCAACGGUGCCUCUUGGAUUCAGAAUCUCUCUCACACACCUCCAUCUGCCUUGCCUUUCGACCUCUCCCCUCCCCCCAUCGACCACGACCUCCUCGAUACUGUGACUGGUUUUGGGGCGAAGCUAUCAGAAGAUGGGAUAGUUGAAACAUUCGACAAUGAUGAUGAUGCAUUGGAUGCAGUUGAGAAUGGUGUUGUGGUUGUGGACCUUUCACAUUUUGGACGAAUUCGAGUCAGUGGAGAAGACCGUAUUCAGUUUCUUCACAACCAAAGUACUGCAAAUUUUGAAUGUCUUCAGGAAGGACAGGGAUGUGACACUGUUUUUGUGACACCUACAGCUCGCACUAUAGAUAUUGGCCAUGCAUGGAUUAUGAGGAAUGCAGUUACAUUGGUAGUCUCACCGAUGACCAGUGGAAGCAUAACUCAAAUGCUGAGGAAGUAUGUGUUUUUUGCUGACAAGGUAGAAAUUGAAGACAUCUCUAAACAAACAUGCUUGUUUGUAUUAGCGGGAGCCAGAAGCAACCAAGUAAUGAUGGAUCUAAAUCUUGGUGAUAUGGUUGGACAACCGCAUGGCACACAUAAACAUUAUACUGUGAGCAGGAUGCCAGUUACUGUAGCAGCAGGAAAUAUCAUCUCUGAAGAAGGUUUUUCGCUGUUGAUGUCACCUGCUGCUGCUGGAUCUGUUUGGAAAACUCUUCUAAGUCAAGGUGCAGUUCCGAUGGGUUCCAAAGCAUGGGAAACAUUCAGGGUUUUUCAAGGAAGGCCAGCUCCUGGUAAAGAGCUCACUGAUGAAUAUAAUGUUCUGGAGGCUGGUUUGUGGAAUUCCAUUUCAAUGAACAAAGGGUGUUAUAAGGGACAAGAAACCAUUUCUAGACUCAUAACUUAUGAUGGCGUCAAGCAGAGGUUGUGGGGAAUUCGUCUAUCGUCACCAGUGGAACCAGGCACUCCCAUUAUAGUGGAUGCAAAAAAGGUUGGGAAACUGACAAGUUAUGCAGCUGGAAGGAAUGAAUCCGAGCACUUCGGUUUGGGAUACAUCAAGAGGAAAGCUGCUUCUGAAGGUGAUACAGUCAAUGUGGGUGACAACGCCGUUGGGACAGUGGUGGAAGUUCCUUUUCUAGCUCGCCAGUGUCCGCCGCUAUCAAAAAGCUCGAAUUCUUGAUUUCAGUGCCAGUGCAUUGAUUCCCAGUGUUUUUUGGGGAGCUUUUUUCAGGGCGGAUUUCCAGUGGUUACUGAAACAGAGCUGUGUCAACUCCUAUACAUGUUUCAACCCAAUAAACAUUAAGUCCUCAUCAUGAUAACAAUGAGGAAUUUGGGAAGUCCCUCAAACUAAAUCUUUUUUUUAUUAUUAUUUAAAAUUUCGGGAUAACUUGUCCGGUCCAAUAUAACAGAAUGCAUCUUCUUGUCAUUAUAACUAGGAUACAGAUGAAAAUCAAGUCAUAUGAG